AUGGAAAUUGGAGGUGGUAAUGCUCUGGAACCCACGUACACCAAGUACUAUGCUAUGCUUAAUGGAGCCGGCUGGUCGGAGUGCGAGUGGAAGCCGCUGUCGGAGGUGGUCGGCGACUGCGUCCAGCGCUGGUUCCAGGACGCGUACAAGGAGGCGCGCAAAGGGGACAUCGCCAACCAAGUGCUUGUAGCUCAGAUGUUCUUCUCGGGUUAUGGAACCCCCAAGAACGAGUACAAGAUAUAG